CCUACUUCCGCCACAGCUAGAGAGAAGUGCAUCAAUCAAAUCAAUGGCGUUGAGACUGACAUCGCUAAAACGCGCCGCCGUUGACUCAUGCCGCUUCCUCCAAACCCGAAGUUUGACCAAUGUCGCGGCAAUGCCUCCGCCUUUUAACACCGUCGUUGAUCGACCCGUUGCUAUGCCGCUGAUGAUUUCACCGGAGAGUCAACCUGGUUCGAUUGAUGAGAAGAGCUUCGGAUUUGGUCUUCCUGAUUUUGCGUUCAGUGGAUCCAUGGACCUAAUGGCUGUGCCGAAGAAGAAGGUUUCUAAACACAAGAGAGGGAUACGUAAUGGCCCUAAGGCUCUUAAGCCUACUCCUCUCAUCAUCCGUUGCAGGAGUUGCGGGAGAGUUAAGCUGCCACAUUUCUUCUGUUGCAGCGGUGAGCGGGGAAACCCUAGUGAGCAAGGCAAUUAGAACAACUACUCAAUGUUUCCUUUAUAUCAUUAUUACUUGUUGGCUUUCUUAGUCGAGUGAUACUAUAGACUUAGUUUGACUCUGUUUUGAUCAAAUUAUUUGGGUGUUUUUUCCAGCAAGAUCAAUAUGCGCAUGCUUCUCUUGACAAGUUACUAUUGUCAUUUCUUGUUGCAAAGUCGCCAGGUCGUUUAUGAUAAAUAUGAU